AUUGUGCAGCCAGUCUAGAGUCUGAGCUAAAGUGUUUCUGUACUUGACUGAGCAUUUGACUCAACCAGCACUAGCUACAUAUACAACUGGGGAACAUUACAAGAGCUCUGGUGCACUUAGAAAACAAGAAAUCUUGCAAUUUUUUUUUUCUUGCAAUUUUAAAGAAAGACAAACUUAUAAAUAAAUAAAUAAAUAAAUAAAUAAAUAAAUAAAUAAAUAAACAAAUUUUACAGCACUUUCUUUUCCUAAGGAUAUUUCUGCAUUCAUUAAAAAAGAACUGUAUUUUGAGGCAUCUAUCCUGUGUUUUCUUGCCAACUUUCAUUUUGAAAGCCUAUAAAGGAUCAAGGAGUCUUGCACUUGCUUGUGGAGGGAGGGGGAGGGGACAGGGAACCCGGUCCGUAUUCUUCAAUCAUGCCCUCUCGCCUUGGCAUCUCAGUGGCGGUCCUCUUGGCGCUCUGGGGCCUGUGCCUGAGCGAUGAAGCCAUCCGCUGCCCGCCCUGUUCUGAGGAGAAACUAGCCCGCUGCAAGGCGCCGGUGGGGUGCGAGGAGACUGUGAGAGAGCCAGGCUGUGGGUGCUGCCCCACCUGCGCCUUGGCCAAGGGCAACUACUGUGGGGUGUACUCUCCCCGCUGCGGCUCCGGGAUGCGCUGUUUCCCACCCCCGGGGGUGGAGAAGCCCUUGCACUCCCUGAUGCUUGGCCAGGGAAUCUGCAUGGCAGAAUCGGAGCUCACACAGUUACAGGCUGCGGAAAAAGAAGAAUUGUGGAACCUAGACCAUCCCAACAACAGCCACAUUCCCUGCAGCACACAGGAUAAAAAGUGUCUACUGAGACACCAAGCCAAGAUCCGAGAGCAAGGGAUAAAAAACGGGAAAAUGAAAAACAAUGGAAAUCGAGAAGAGAACAAGCCUCUGGUCCCCCCCCCAUGCCAAUCAGAGAUGCAGAGAGCUCUCGACAGACUGGCAAGCCAAACAAGAAACCACGAGGACUUCUACAUCAUCCCCCUCCCCAACUGCGACAAGAACGGAAACUUCCACCCCAAACAGUGCCUCCCUGCUCUGGACGGUCAGAGGGGAAAGUGCUGGUGUGUUGACCAAAAGACUGGCAUUCGGCUGGUGGGAACUCCGGAGGUCAAAGGGGAGCUGGACUGCCACCAGUUUAUAGAAUCGAUCAGGGAAUGAGCGUUGAUUGACACAGGGGCUGCUGCUGUGACCCUUGAGGACUCACCCAUGCCAAAACCUACUGGUGCUGUUUUGUAUGAUGACAGAAGGGACAAUACCACAUAACCUCAUGAAACUUGCGGUCAAAGGUACUAGGAUGUGCAAAGGAAACAAGUUAAAUAAAUUGACAGAAAAAGUAAUCUCAAUUUCAAUCAAUGUUAAAUUGUUAAAACUAAAUAAUAAUAAUAAAGAAAUUAAAACAACUUCACUGACAGGCACAUACAAUGCUGAGUAAUCUCUGUAUUCUCAAAGGUUCUGUUAAAUAUUGAGUUCAAACUGAAGAAAACAAUGUCAUUUUGAAUUUUUUUUUAAGUUUCUGAUUCAAAACGAUCAUUUGGUUUGGAGCGUAGGGUGUUUUAAUCAUUUUGACUUUGAUACCAAGCCAAUGGUCCUAAAUUCUGUCGAUUGGCUGUAGUUUUAGAAGCAGUCAUCAGUUUUCUAUUUUUAAUUUGACGAGCCAUAACACAAAAAAGGGACUUUUUUAUGGAAUCAUAAAUUAAAGAUCAAAACGCAUACGCCUUGUUGAACUGCUAAGUUGUUUUGCACAUCCUUUCCAAUGUUUAAGCUACAAAAAAGAAAAAAAAAAAACACAAAAAAAUGUAAUUAGUUAUAUCCUAAGAAAAGGCAAAGCUUGCAGCUACAAUAAGAUGCCAAUAAACUGUUCUCAAAGAAUAGCAUGUUUAAUUGCCAAUGAUCAUAAGCUCAAGCUUUCCAUCAUUACUUGGAAAUGAAAGUGAUUCUAUGGAAGAAAGUCUGCUUUGGAGAAUCCAAACCCUAGACCAGAUGUACUUUAUCUCAUAUUCUCUAAUUGUCUGUUUGCACAUUGCACAUUCUAAAGGCUUAUAGUGCGGUACACUUAUGCACAGGCUUUGUGACUAAGAAGCUAAGUCUGGUCUCUAAAAUAUAUAUUUUUUUGCAUGCAUGCAAACAUGUGAAUCAAUUCAUUCCAGCCAUGACUUAGCAAUCCCAAAGCACGUUUCACUAAAACGUACUUGGUGUGCCGAGAUUAAUCAUCGCACAGCAUGUUCAACACUGCUCUUUCCAAACCUCCUGCUUUCAGCCUCUUAGUUAGACAAUCCCAGCAUGUUGGCCCUGAGAACAAUGGUUCUAAUUAUCAAAUGUUUUUGUUCCCCGGCAUUGAGGUUUCUCCCAUAUUCAAAAUAAACUUCACAGAUGAACAUGUGGGAAGAAGAAACCAGGGUUUUUAACUGUUCCAGCGGCCCGAUCUCUAAGCAAUCACUGACCGUCUGUUUCAACUGCUCUAUGAGACUACACAGAAUAAACAUACUGGCACUUUUUUGCUGUGCAGUUUUGCAUGGGAACUGAAGUCCUUUCCAAUUCAUGUGUACACAGUUUCUUUCUUAGUAAAUGUCAGGGAAAUCAAUAGCUGUAAAACUAGCAUUGAUGUUUUGUUCAGAUUACAAACAGACAUACAGUACAUAGCUGUGUUGACUGGUAAAUUAUACAGUACCUGAUCAAUGCCAGGGCUAUUUUCUGUCCAGGAGCUUAGUUUUCUAUGGGUCAAACAUUUAGCCAAUUGGUUAUGUGGCACAUAGGCUGAGAGCAAUGCUAUUUCUCUGCUUCAGUACAGGCUGAUCCAAAUAGAAUUUCUGAUAAUACAAAGCAGUUUUUUUUCCCUAGUACCCUGCGUCUGCUUAAAUACAGCUGAAAAAUAAUCUGUAGCUUCUGGGAAUCAGUAUGUAUCAGUCUAGCGACUGAUGAGAUAAUAACACUGACAUCAACAUAAGCCCUGAACUUUCCUCUCGACUACAGAGCUUGCUCUUAGUUGAAUGGUAAGGGGUUUGUCUUUGAGCAGUAUGGUUUGUGGUUCAUGUCCACCACUUGCCUUUCAAUUCAAUUGGCUGAGAUGCCAGUUCUUUACAAGUAGAACACGCUAACAAAGACUUUGUCAACACGUCUGCAACUGAAUUCUUUUUUUUAGUACCACUGAUGGUAUUGUCAGCAGGUUUGGGGUCAAUUCCUUUUUUCCAAUUUUGAAAUUCCAAUUCCCAGUUCCCUUUUACUCAAUACCAGCACGCCAUUGAUCGAAAUUGCAAUUAGCAGCAUUCUGUUACAAUGAGCUUCUCACAGUGGCAACAAAUGACUUCAAUUGAAUUCGCUGUUUGUCAGUCAAUUAAAUGGGCUUCAUAUGAAAGCAGUUGAAGAAUCGCAACAUUUAUUGCAUCUCUAAAAUAUCGAUUCCAGUUCCUUCGAAGCAACUGGAAUUAUGAAUUGAUUUUGAAAAGGAAGCAGAAUUGGAAUUGACAAACAGGAAUUGACCCCAGCCCUGAUUGUCAGGAUGGAGGGUGUUAUGUGUAUAUUGGAAGAAUACUUUUUGUGACUUACAUGCCCCACAUUACUUUGCUACCUUACAUUGGGCAUGCUUGUAUAGUGUACUCUUUGUAUGUACUACAACCUUUUAGUAAAGGUGAUGUGGAAUGUAGAAAAAUAAAUGUGAAAAAAAUAAACACAUUCUUUUAAUAAUA